UAUUGUGAAAAAAGACUUGAAAAUAAAGCUCUUCUUCCCUUUUUGUGUGCAUUCUCAACCAUGUACAACUAAAAACCAAGCAGAUAAGGAAAAACCCAAAAGAUGAACUGCUCAUUCAUGAACACCUCCUUUGUUCCUAAGGCUUUGCCUUCUCUUCCUCUUCCUCUUCUCCAUGGAAAAGUCCAGAUAUCAUCAAUCCAACAAAAGGCAUCAAAAGGCAUCAACUUGAAGGCUAUUGAAAGGUUGGUCUCUUCAAAAUCCUCAUUGGCUAUUCAAGUUGGAACACUUUUGGCCACUGUAGGUGCUGAGCCAGCUUUGGCAGUGACAGGAGUGAAUAAUGAAGAAGACUUGAUUUGGGCGUUGACCCAAUUGGCCAUUUCCGCAUUCUUCUACUUCCUUGUUUGCCCACCUAUCAUAAUGACAUGGCUUAGGAAAAGGUGGUACAAGAGGGACCUAUUGGAGAUGUAUUUGCAGUUCAUGUUUGUCUUCAUUUUCUUUCCAGGGGUUCUUCUAUGGGCACCAUUUCUGAACUUCAGAAAGUUCCCAAGAGAUUCAUCAAUGAAGUACCCAUGGUCUACGCCAGAAAAUCCAUCUCAAGUUAAGAAUAUGUACAGGAAGUAUCCAUGGGCUACUGAAGAAGACUAUGAAGUACUAUAAAUAUAGCAUAUACAAGUUCAUAAAUAAUCUCUGACACAUGUAAGUCUGAAUUUGUAUCAUGGUGAUUUAUUGUAUCUUCCACAAUGUAAAGUUGUUGUCAUGUGUUUAUAAAGAUAUAUGCAACAACAAAGAUCUUGUAAAAAGGUCACAUUUACAGAGAUAACUGGAAAAACAAAACUCCAAAGACUUGCGAAACAAA